AUGGCCUUCUAUGGUGGACCUUUUGUUCAAACCCAAUCAUUAUCAUUGGAUUCACAAUUAAAAAUUGGAAUACGUGCGUUUGACAUUCGCUGUCGCCAUAUUCAUGACACAUUUGAGAUUCAUCAUGGACCAAUCAACCAAAAAAGCGAUAUGGAUAAAGUGUUAGACUCGAUGAUUUCCUUCUUGAAACGAUUUCCAAAAGAAGUGUUACUUGUGCGAGUAAAAGAGGAACAUGUACCCAAAGACAAUGGCAGGACAUUUGAAGAGACGAUGAAUUACUAUUUCAACAAACCAUCCUUUCGUAGUUACAUAUGGAAAGGUAACUCGACUGUUUUACUUGGUGAUGUUCGCGGUAAAAUUGUCAUUUUUCGCAACUAUCCUUCAUACCAUUUGAUUGGGAUUCCAUGGGAUAGCACAGUGAUUCAGGAUGAUUAUAUUGUACCAACAAUCUUCUCUGUUAAGAUGAAAUGGAUUAAGGUUGUUAAACAUCUGGAACAGGCUCAAUCUCUUGCCUAUCGAUCUGAUUCUUUUAUCGUCAAUUUUCUUUCUGGAACAUCUAUUGGAGUCUAUCCAAGCUCGAUUGCUAAGCGAAUCAACGAAUACAUAACCAAAUGGUUGACAGUGUCCCGAGUUGAUUUCAUCGGUAUUAUUUAUAUGGAUUUUCCUGGAGAAGGUUUGAUCAAUAGCAUAAUAAGGUUAAACUCGGGAAUCCGAAUAACCAAUGGUUUGGGAGAAAGUGGAAAACGAUUGGAAUUUUCUUGUAACAAUGAUGGAGUGAAACACCUUCUGAGUCCAACUGAAUCGUAUCAAUAUAAACAUAAAGUGAAUGGGUUAAAUAUGUGUAAAUUUUGGGUUGACCAAAGAAAAGUAACUCUUACCUUAAAAACAGGCAAUGAAAAUAUUGUUGUUAAUGAGAUUGGAUUUUACCGAGUCCAUGACGGUUUCUCUGGUAAACAUGAACUUGGACGAUGGAGGAAUCCUAUUGAUUCAUAA